UCAUCAAUAGGCAAAUACUGCGACGCAAGGCGUGACUAUACGCACAACCAUAUCUACAUUCAAGCCAUAGCUUCAACCAUAUCUCCAUUUCGACAUUCAUCAACGCGCAAAUGGUUCGAGUCUCAGAAACCACUCUCAUCCUCCCUUCUCGCCCUCCCUUCACCGACGACCAUGUCCUCUCUCUUUCUUACCUCGACACUGAUCGCAACCUCCACCUCACUUUCCGAUACCUUCGUGCUUACGUCAAUAGCUACCCCUCCUCCUCCUCCGCUGACCCCUUUCUUGGCAUCUCUUCGGCUCUCUCCCAAGCUCUGGUUCAUUACUACCCACUCGCCGGCAAACUCCGCCGGCGACAACACGAAGACCAACGCCUCGAGUUAUGGUGCUCCGUUGGCCAAGGCGUCCCUUUGAUUCGGGCUAAUGUGGAUUUCACGCUCGAGUCCGUGAAUUAUCUCGACGAUCCCGAGUCUCCUUUCCUCGAGCAGUUGGUCCCCGAUCAGGACAUGGACGGAGCAAUGGAUCACCCUUGUGUUCUGCAAAUCACGGUGUUCAAGUGCGGCGCGUUCACUCUUGGAGCUGCGAUCCACCACUCCUUGUGCGACGGACUCGGCGCGACUCAGUUUUUCAGUGCAGCGGCUGAGUUUGCCCGUGGAGCCACCCAUACAAGAGUUGAACCAAUUUGGAACCGUGAGGGGCUGUUGGGUCCUCGGAAUCCGACCCGAAUUGAUUCACCGGUGAUCCAAGAGUUUCUGCAUUUGGACAAGGAGUUCCUGCCGUAUGAACAGAACAUUGGCCGAGUUGUGAGGGCGUGCUUUCAUGUGUGAGACGAGUGCUUGGAGAAGUUCAAAAGUUCGCUGUUUGAACAAUCUGGAUUGAACUUCACCACUUUUGAAGCUUUGGGUGCAUACAUUUGGAGAUCCAAGGUGAAGGCGUCAGGGAUUGAAGCUGAUGAAAAGAUAAAAUUCGCAUACUCGAUCAACAUAAGGAAACUGGUGAAGCCGCCUCUUCCAGGAGGCUACUGGGGCAAUGGGUGUGUUCCAAUGUACGUUAAGAUGAGGGCCAGAGAUGUGAUAGAGAAACCCAUGUGGGAAACAGCAGAGCAGAUAAAGAAGAGCAAAAGCAAUGUGACUAACGAGUACGUGAGGUCCUUCAUUGAUUUCCAAGAGAAGCAUUAUGGUGAAGGUGUGACAGCAGGGAAAGGAGUGAGUGGGUUCACAGAUUGGAGACAUUUGGGACAUUCGAAUGUGGAUUUUGGGUGGGGAGGUCCAGUGACUGUGAUACCACUUGCGAGGAAUCUACUUGGAAGCGUGGAGCCAUGCUUCUUGUUGCCAUAUUCAACAGCAAGCACAGGGAAGAAGGAUGGGUUCAAGGUUUUGGUCACUUUGCCUGAAGCUGCUUUGCCUGCUUUCAAGGAGGACAUGCGAUUGUUUUCAAAUAGCCACCAAGUUGGACAAUCAUCAUCAAUCUAAUGGUAAAAUUCAGGGAAAUGAGAGAAUUUUUUUUUUUUUUUAAGGGCUUAAUGUUUUCUUUUUCUUUUCGUUUAAUAGGAGUCACCUCAAUUUAUCUGAUAAUGAGAUUGUUAUGUAACACUGUAGGUGCGGUGGGUCACAAAAAUGUGUGUUGUUGGGGGAUUUGGGGGGGUG